AUCUUCGCUUCCACAGCAGAGCAGAAUGGAUAUGGCGGAGUCAUGGGGUACCACAAAGCCCCUUGUCUACCGGAUCACCAGUCACCCCCAACAAUUCCCCACAUCCACAUUUCAUCUCCCAUCCCUGCAAAAACAUACCAAUUAAUAAUGGAGAAAAACUCACCGGAAAAACACGACUACGACGACACAAAUCCGGCGACGCUGCUGCACCAUUCCAAAGAUGUCGAUCAAUUCAUCGACGCUCUGCGCGCCAUCGACGAUAAAUCUUCCGGCAUCGUUGGCGUCCCGGAUUUCAUCGAUUUAUUCUCCAGGGAUAUGGAAUCGAGGGUGCAGAUAUACGUUUCCGGCGAUGCUCAUCGGAGAUUCGGAAAGUCGCCGGAGGAAGACUCCGAUUUCAUGGCGUCGGUGGGGCGAAUGGCGAAAUUGACAAACGCUCUGUGUGAGUUUAACAACGUUGAUUCGCUGUUGAAUCAGACGACCAUCGCGCUCCAACGCGCCGCCGUGAUGCUGGAGGACGAGUUCCGGUCGCUUCUGGAAGAUUCGAGAAAUAGAGAUGAAAAUAACUGUAACUCCGAUCCGCCGGAAAAUACGCCGACCUUUUACAAGUUCUCGUCCUUCAAUUUGAAGAACAAUCAGCCCGCCGAUCACGCCGCCGAUCGGUGCUCGAUUAACGGCGAUGGGGAUUCCGGCGAGUACCCGGCGCCCCCGCCGGAAUCUCUCUCGAAGCUUCGUGACAUCGCGAGCACGAUGAUCGCCGGCGGCUACGAAGUUGAGUGCGGGCGCACGUACCUCCUCUCCCGCCGGAACGCCACCAGAAAUUACAUGGUGAAGCUCGAAUACGACGUCGUUUUGAGCAUGGACGACGUGGCGAAGAUGCCAUGGCAGACGAUGGACCCCGAGAUUUCCCGGUGGAUCAAUUCCGUCAAAGUCUGCUCGGAGGUGAUCUUCCCGGCGGAGAAGACUCUCGCCGAAUCAGUCUUCCCCGACACCCCCUCACUCCGCCGGAAACUGCUAACCAACCACCUCCGCGCGGUGGCGAUCCAGCUCCUCGACUUCGCCGACGCGACGGCGUUGUCGAAAAAAUCCGCCGAAAAACUCUUCAAGUACUUAGACAUGUUCGAAACUCUAAGAGACCAAUUCCUCCCGUCGCUCUCCGACGAAUCCCUAAUUUCCGAAGUCUCCGCAGCCGCCGACCGCGUCGGAGAAUCAGUAAUCGGAAUAUUCCGCCAGCUGGAGGACUCAAUUCAAAACGACGCCUCCCGAACGCCGGUCCCCGGCGGCGCCGUACACCCGCUCACACGCUACGUGAUGAACUAUCUAAAAUACGCCACCGAAUACAAAGACACACUCGAAUUAAUCUUCACCAAAUCACAACCACCGGAAAAUUUCCCCGAAUCCCCAACCAAUUCAUCGUCUCAACAACCAGAAAGCCCCAAUUUCCACAAUUCCGACGGGGAGGUCGCCGUGACUCUAUUUUCGAUCCAGAUGGCGGCGGUUAUAAACCGCCUCGACGAAAACCUAAACCAGAAAUCGAAUCUCUACAAGGAUCCAUCACUUCUAUACAUGUUCCUGAUGAACAACGGGCGGUACAUUCUGCAGAAGGUGAAGAGCUCGCCGGAAAUCCGGCAAGUGAUGGGCGACAACUGGUGCCGGCGGAAGUCGACGGUGCUCCGGCAGUACCACAAGGGGUACCAGAGGGAGACGUGGAACAGAGUGGUGCAGUGUUUGGGGCAGGAGGGGCUGAUAGUGAACGGGAAGGUGAACAAGGCGCUGGUGAAGGAGAGGUUGAAGGUGUUCACGGCGGUGCUGGAGGAGAUCCUCCGGACGCAGAGCGGGUGGGUGGUGAGCGACGAGCAGCUGAAGUCGGAGCUGCGGAUAUCGGUGUCGGCGGUGGUGAUUCCGGCGUACCGGUCGUUUGUGGGGCGGUUUAAGCACCACUUGGAUAGCGGGAACGGGAGGGGGGUGAGCAAGUACAUAAAGUACCAGCCGGAUGACGUGGAGCUGCUCAUUGAAGGGCUCUUCGCCGGGAACACCGCCUCCUUCUCUAAGAGGAAAUUAUAAUUAUAAUUUAUGAUGUAAAAUAACC